AUGGAGUCUCUCUUCAUUGCGCCAGCCGUUCUUCCCGGUGGCCGCGACUGGAGCCACGCUUGCACGUCCGUCGGCGCUCAUGCCUCGACCAACAUUUCUGAUACCGCCGCCGAAGCCACCGCUUCCCCGGCUUUGGACGCAUUACGCUGCGAUGCUACCCCCUUCUCCGGUCUCAUUCAGGUCUUCUUUCUGCUUUGCGUCUACGGUGUUGUCCUGUUCAAAGCCUCUCAGCUAAUCACAGAGGGAUCCGAGCUUCUGCUUCUCGUCCCCUCUCUCCGCGGCAUCGUCGGCUCCGUCGUCCUCCCCAUUCUUGGUGCUGUCCCAGACGGCGCUAUUGUCCUUUUCUCAGGCCUUGGCCCUGAUGCUCAGGAAACGCUUCAAGUCGGGGUCGGAGCCCUGGCAGGAUCCACCGCCAUGCUCCUCACUAUCCCUUGGUUUCUUACAACCUUCGCCGGCCGUGUCAACAUUGUCAAUGGUGUCGCAACAUACCAUCAGAAGCCGCACAAGCUCCACCCACCGGGAAAUAUGAGCUUGGACCGCACUGGUGUCCAGCCCCUGCCUAUGGUUGGAAUCUCGGGUCGUAUCAUGCUCGUCACGGCUACCUCCUUGCUUGUCAUUCAAGCCGCAGCUAUAAGCACUGGAUCCUUCUUCGCCUCUGAUCAGACCGCUUCUGCCACCAGAGCGGCAGCCAAGAGCGAAAAAAUUCCAGCUAUUAUCUGUUUGGUCAUUUGCUUAACCCUCUUCUUUUGGUACUUGCACUAUCAGAUAACGGCGCCGCAAGAAGAGAUCGAGUAUCGCGAGACCGUUGUCGACGAGCUCAAGCAAAAAGCUAUCCGUCAUGGCGAACUAUCGCUAUCUGCUGCCUUCAAGGAACUUUGGGACGUUGCAGUAGACGCUAAUGAGUCCACGGGACUGAUCGCAGAAGAGCGGAACAAGAAGCGACUUUCGUCCUUACUCAAAAUUUUUUUCCAUGAAUACGACACGGAUUGCAACAACAGGAUUGACAAGCUUGAGCUUACAAACCUCAUGCGUGAUCUUGGUGAGAAGUGCACCCCGGAGGAAACUACUAUGCUUUACACUAAAAUGGAUUCCAACGGAGACGGGAAAAUCACCUUGAACGAGUUCGUCGCGGCAAUGCCCGAAUUCAUCAUGUCCAAGGCUGAAUCUCGUGUAGAUCCUGCUUCAAGUCCCGACCCCGUUGCUGUUCCGCAAGACACAGAGGCUCAAGGGGCCGCUCAGGCGGGAUCUGAAGCGUCUCGAGCGGAAUGUGAAGAAGAAGACGAAGAAGUUCCCCAUGACCUUCGCGACAAAGAUCCCGAAACUCAAAUCAGAAACGUAAUGCGCAGAUCCUUUCUCAUGUUGGCGCUCGGUACUACCCUGGUUUUGAUCUUUUCCGAUCCUGUAGUCACCGUCAUGACCGAUGUCGGGCAGCGCAUUGGAGUGGCACCCUUUUACGUUUCCUUUGUCCUGGCCCCCCUCGCCAGCAACGCAUCUGAAGUCCUCGCCGCGUACUCAUACGCCGUGAAGAAGACACGUAAGACUGUUACGAUAUCGUUUUCUACCUUACUAGGAGCCGCAAUUCUGAACAAUACUUUCGUGUUGUCUAUUUUCAUGUUUUUGAUAGUGGUGAAGGGGCUAGCAUGGCAGUUUACUGCAGAAACUAUUUCCAUUCUUGUUGUCGAGGUCUUCGUGGGAUGGAUUAGUCAGAAAAAGGUCAUGACCCUUCGGCAUGGUAUUCAAGUUCUCUUGAUGUUCCCCGUCGCUAUUGCAACUGUAGCGUUCUUAGAAAAUGUAGUCGGGCUCGACUAG